AUGGCUGGGUUAUGUGAGGUUCCUAGUUGCUACAUGGGAGAUUUUAAUGAAAUAAUGCAUGUGGAAGAAAGGCAAGGUACUGAUGUUCUACCUAGAUCGGCAGAAGAGUUCAGGAGUUGGGUACAGGGUAUGCAUCUAGUGGAUCUACCGCUAACAGAUCACAAGUUCACAUGGUUUAAGGGACGCUCGUGCAGUCGGAUAGAUAGAGCUCUGGUUAGCAUGGAGUGGUUGGAAGAGUUUCCUGAGACUAGGAUAUGCAGUGGACCAAGGGAUUUAUCAGAUCACUGUCCAGUGAUCUUGGAGCACGCGAGGCAGAGGGUAGGGCCAAAGCCAUUCCGAAGCCUAGAUUCAUGGUUUAUACAUGAGGGUUUCCUUAGCUUUGUGAAGGAGGAGUGGAGAGGAUUGGGGGAGAUGCAGUUCAUAGAUAAAUUAAAGGCGCUGACGAUUCUGCUAGGGAAUUGGAAUAAGACUAACUUUGGGGAUAUGGAUAAAAAGAUUACGAGAUUUGAGGAAGAAAUUAAGAAGAUUGAUGACCUGGUAAGCAAUGGAGUGUAUGAUGGAACGAUGGAGGCUAGAAGAAAGGCACUGGUUACCUGCUGUGAGAGGUGGUAUAUCAGGAAAGAAGUCCAUUGGAAACAGAUGUCCCGGUCUCGGCAAGCAAAAGAGAUGGACAAAAAUACAAGAUACUUCCACAACUUGGCGUCAGCAAGACGGCGAAAUAACAGGAUCGAUACACUGUUAAUCAACGGCAGGCUGGUAAGGAACCAAGCUAGAAUAAAGAUUGCUAUUAAGGAUUACUACAAGGAGUUAUAUCACUAG